CAUCUUCUACACCAACAAACAAUCUCGACCUCGCCGGCCUAUGGCGAAGGCGAGCUUCUAUGCGGUACAGCAGGGCCGCAAAACGGGGGUCUUCCGCACGUGGGACGAGUGCAAGCAGCAGGUCGACCACUUCCCCGGUGCGCGCUACAAGAAGUUUUCCUCCAACGAGGAGGCCGAGGCUUUCGUCCGAGGAGAAGCAGCGCCAGCUUCUUCAUCUUUGGCGGCCUCGUCAAGCUCUUUGAAGCGGCCUCGCGAGGAGCAAGCUUCUCCUAAAGAGCUUGUCAAGUCUGCUGGCGCAGCACCGCUUUUGGGAGCGAGCGGGAGCAUCGCUCGAUGUCGACUGGCCUCCUCGCCCACGCAGCCUCUCGCCGAGUCUGAAGAGACGGAGGACGGCGUCCGCGUAAUCGAGGUCUACACUGACGGGGCUUCGUCCCACAAUGGCCAAAAGGGAGCCGCGGCAGGCUACGGCGUCUACUGGCCCGAAGGAGAUGAGGACCAGACGAGCGAUGUGCACGGGUUGAACGUCAGCGAGCGUUUAGAUGGGGAGCUUCAGACAAACAAUCGGGCUGAGCUGAUGGCGCUCAUCAAGGCGGUCCAACUCUGUCCGGACAAGGAUGCAAAAAUGACGCUUUAUACAGACAGUCAGUACGCCAUUAAUGCCAUCACGGUAUGGCAACACGCCUGGCGACGCAACAAAUGGCAACGUCGUCCUGCAAAGGCCGGUAGCGGUGCUUCACCGGUGCUCAACAAAGACCUCAUCCGUCGCCUCGAACACGAGAUGGCGUCCCGACUACAUAGACCGAAGCUCGUCUAUGUCAAGGGCCACAAUCGGAAUCAUGGAAACGAAAUGGCAGACCGGCUCGCGGUAGCAGGCGCUGCUAAAGCUGCGAUUCCGCGUGACAUGUGGGUAGAACACGAGCCGCCGGUAUCGGACGAUGAAGGAAGCGGUGGGGACAGGAAGAGGCAGAGAACCGUGAUUGAUCUUUGGACCAAGGCCGGCGUCAGUGUGGAGAAGGCUCGAGAAAAGGCAGGAAUCCUUCUGCCACAGGCAGAGGAGAAAGUGGCUGCAGCAGAGGCAGAGAAGGACAAAGAUGUCUUGAACGUGGCAGAGGAAGACGAUGGCGGCGUCGAUUGGGAUCAAGUCGAAGUGUAAACCUCUCUCUGUUUUCCAUUUCCUCUCUUCUCAUCACUCUUCGUUCAUCAUCCUCAGCUCCUCCACCCUCCUCCCGAGAAGAAGACGCAUCCCAUCCGCUUUCGCACAUUCUGUCUAUAGACUUGUAACAAGACGACGAUGGUGGCGUUGAGCAACUGCGACAUCGCACGAGCUACUUACUACUACUUUUGUAUCAAUAGCAAACAGAAGGUCCUCAAUGACAAAUCACCUCCAAUGAC